AUGGUUGUAGAGUUGCCUCCGGAGAUGGAACCGCUCCUGAGGACAGUGGAAAUUGACACCGAGUCAACACUCACAGAUAUCAAUCCGGCUCGACCACGCCCACGAAUAAACACCUCACGAACACUCGCGUUUUACUCAUGCUUCAUUCGUCUGAAGUAUUCCCCAAGAACUACUGAAACUCUUCUAGAUAUGGAUUUUGAAGAGGAACCGCAAGCAAAGACUGAUACGGAGCGGAUAUCUAUUUCAGUUGUACAGCAACAAGGUCGUUUUCGCAGAGCUAUUCCUUGUAUGCCACUAGCUCUAGCCGGAAUAUGCUGCUUUUUCAACGUUUUCGUUCCUGGUCUAGGAACCUCGAUCUCCGCCUUCUCCGUGUGGUGUUGCUCCGAUCCUCGAUGUGAAACAAAAUUGAACUCAUUUUGCACAAAUCUUCUCGCUGCAUUCUUACAGCUUAUCACAUGCCCAAUCAUUGUUGGAUUCAUAUGGUCAAUAAUAUGGGGAGUGCUUUUCAUUCAAAUCGCUCAAGAGCAAGAGACAGAGCGACGGAUUGAAGAACGCCGGGCACGGCAGAAGGCGAGGGAGCUUCUAGAUAAAAGAACUACUGGCUGA